CAUCGUUUUGCUGAGCUGCACGGCGCACCUCUGUAUACAUCAUCACUCUCAACGUGCACGCCUGUAUAUCCUCGAUCAAUCCUCGCGUUCAUCAGGUUUACAGUUUACCAGUCGCAUUCUUAUCGCAGAAUGUCCUGAUAGAAGGAGGACAAUCUGGUCCUCAGAAGAGCUAGAUGAGUGGACACAGCGCACUUCAACCAAAGCGCUGAAGCUAAUGAAACCAGCUGAGGAGAAUGAUGGACGGAUCAAAGAUUCGAAAUAAGCCCUUUCGAAGCAAGCGCUGUGAAUGCAGGCUUGCUGCUCCCCAUAGACAAUGCUUUUCGCUGCUCUUUCUGCUGAUCCUCUCACAAGGUGCGCUCGCAGCAAGGACAAACAGGCCUUACCAUGCGGAUCCAGCUGGAAGGGUAGCUAAGGAGGAUCAUGAAGCGGCAGAACAAUUGUCAAAAGCUGAACAUAGUGAAUCCAAAACCACGUUAGGCGGGAAGGUUGGAGGAGCACAAGAGUUUCUCCAGAAGCAGGCUUCUCGUAGUGCCAGGCAAAGGCUUCUUGAAGAGAAGCGAUUGCAUGGCUUCGUUGAGAUGGCUGACCAGCAAAGGAUUGUACCAAUCAGCGCCCAUGCUACAGCUGAGGAAGUGGCGAGAGCUGGUUCAACAUUUGCAUCCGAGUCCGGUCACCACAGUACUUUAGGGAUACAGAGUAGAGAUGGAGAUAAGCAAAGAGUAGGAAUGGGUCAGACUGAGAGUGCAAGGAUUCGAAGUAGGGAUGUAGCUGAACCACUGCUUUCAGAAAGAGUAGAGGAGAAGACAGAUAAGGAGAGCUUGAACAACGUACCUCCUGAAGAACUAGAGACGGAGCUAAGAAUUGGCUGGCCUGGUUUCGUAGAGCUCGGUUGGAAAGGGGCUGCAUCAAACCGCCAAGGGGCUGCAUUAGCUCAGGAGGCAAAGUUGCAAGAAGGAGUAGCGGGACAGGAUGCACAAGUGGGAAGGCAACCGGAGGAACUCGUUUCUGAUGGAACCGACGAAAACUUGCACUCCCCCAAAACGAUCCUCCAGCUCGAGAUGCCCCCGUACCACCCCCCUCGGCACUCCCCAAACCGCACCCCCCGCGCCAAAACCGCCUGCCCCCGUCGAACCCUCCCCGAAACCCUCCCCCUCCGGAAGCCCCUCGCAAACCCCCCCGCCAGCGAAAAGCCCCUCGCCGUCUCAAUCUCCGAGUCCUCUGCCGAGUCCCUCGAGAAGCGCCUCACCAAAACCGUCGGCAAGUACGUCACCAAGUGCGUCAGCAAAGGCGUCACCGUCCCCUUCUCACAGCCCCCCCCCAAGCCGGUCGCUUUCUCCGUCGUCCUCUCGAAGCCCCAGUCCGUCACCUUCUACGUCGGCACGCCCGUCACCGUCUACGUCAGCUUCUCCGUCAGCAUCUCUACGGCCAUCUCAAAGCCCGUCGCCUUCGCGAUCCCCUUUGCCGUCUAG